AUGGGGGCCAGCGAGAUUGAGGAUGCCACCGCCGUCAUCCGUGAAGCAGUGAGGACACGCCCGUGCCUGUACACGGACCGCCAGAGGACGGCAGACGGAGAGUGGAGGGGAGACGUACUGGAACGGAGGACCUAUUACGCCACACGCGGCCACACGAACGAGUGGGUGCGAGGACGGCUCGGCGAGGGACUCACGGCGGGAUCGCACACGGCAGGGGUGACGGGGCCGCUGUGGAGCGAUGUGGUCAGGGGAACGACGAGACACAAAUGGGACAAGCGCCAGCGGAUCAAGGAUCAACACGGCGAGCGCGAGAUUGAAUUCGCCGAUGUGGAUGAUCAUAACGUGGUGACAAAGACUGUCAUGGGAGCGCGGGUGCGGCAGCAGGCGGGGGUGCCACACGGAACGCACCACGAGAGGAUCAUGCGGGGAGAGGCGGGGAGAGAGAUCCCGGGCGCCGCCACAAGGAGCGAACUCAGGGGCUGCCUCGUCUGUAAGGCCGCGAGGGACGCGGCGAGGAGGGCAGCGCUAAAGCGGGACCCGCUGUGUCCGAUCGUGCGGAAAGCCGCGCAGCAAUGGACCGAGGAAGAUGAGAACCCGCCUAGAGCGACAAUGGCGCACGUGCUUAGCGGCGCCUGCCUGGGGAAUAGGGAGCAGGCCAGAUGGUUCCUCAGAGUAGCGCGAGCGCAGACAGGGACGGCGAUCAGCAAAGUGGCACAGGCGGCACCCGACUCCAAGGAUACGCUGAAGACGCUGAGGAUGGCGCAUGUCGCUGCGCUGAAGGGCUCACGCUAUAGGGUGCUGGAUGAGGACGGGUACGAUGCGCUAGCUCCCGCAGUCAGGGGGGUGUUGCCAGCACUGGUAGAUGACCUCUCGGAGAAGAACCGAAGGGACCUUGGCACCGGGGUCACGAGGAACUUGCAAGUCGUGGCCGAGGCGGCGACGGGAGCGGUGCAGAGGUGGAUCCAGCUCAAUGAUGAGGCUACGGCGCGCAUAAUGAAGAGAGAGGAACACAUCGAGUGGCUGAGGAAGCUCUUCGCUGGGUGGAAGGAGGCCCGGCCGGCCUUGAGGGAGUCGCGGAGGAGGAGGGAUAACGGAGAUAACGUGCAGACAGGCCAGCAGCCAGUGGGACGAACAAGGGCCGCGACGGCGGCUCAAGCGGGAGGGAGCGGAGACAGUGGGCAGCGAGCAAAGUGGGUGAGACUGAUGAUGCUCCUUCGACUUAGGGAGCGGUUCAGCUGCUGGGCGGGCUUCAGGGUGGUGCUCACGCGAAAAGGAAUCGACGCGAUGUGCAAAGCAUACAAGAAGGGGAGAGGGAAGAGGAGAGACGCCGGUGAGGACGAAGCAGAAGCUAGUGCAGACGAGGGCAGGUCAGACCCGGGGACGGCGGAGUCGGACCAGACGGCAUCGGCCGCCGAGGGAACGUUGGGAAGAGGCACGAGGAGGGCGGCGACCUCGACCGACUAUGGAGGACCCGUCGCCAGACGACGCAGGGCAGACGACGGGGGAGAGUUGGAGCAGACGCGCAGGGCGAGACGAGGGAGGGAGCAGGACUUUGCGGAGAUCAGCAGGAGGAUGUACGAAGAGAUUAGGAGCAGCAGGGACCCGAGGGACCAUGUGGAAGACGGCUAA